AUGGCCGUUUUUGCACCGAGUGUGAUACUUCAGCAGCCUCAAUCCACACCACUUCUUCCUCUUAACUCCAACCAGUGGAGCACAGGCAUCUGUGACUGCUUUGAUGAGUGCAAUGUCUGCUGCUUUGCAACAUGGUGUUUCCCUGUGUUUGCCUGCAGCACAGCAUAUGACUUUGGCGAAUGCUUUUGUCUGCCCAUGUUGGACUAUCUUAGUUGCAGCUUGCACGUUCCUCUAAUAUCUCUGGCUUUGAGAGCCGCAGUGCGCAACCGAUAUGGCAUACAGGGUGAUCUGGCCACUGAUUGCCUAUACUCCACCUUCUGCAAUGUGUGCUCUUGGUGCCAGAUAGCCCGAGAGAUAAAGAGGCGCCGUGCUCCCUGCACUAUCGUCAAUGCCCAGACAGCGCUCAUUACAGCUCCUCCUGUGGCCACGGCCACUUGCAUGGCUGUUUUGCCAUCCCAGGCUACCAUGAUCACCCACUCUGUCACCACCAACCGUAUGGGGUGAAGUGUGGGGUGAAGCCUGGGCAUUAAAUGUUAAAACUAACUGCACAAUUUUUGGUUUUGUUUUUUUUGUUUGGUUUUUUUUUUUAUUGCAUGAACAGCAGAAUUUAUCAUAGCUUUCCAUAAGGAGGUGGGAUUGGUUGGGGGAAAGGGGGAAAAAGGUGAGUGAGAGGCUAUAUUCAUUGCAAUUUCAGUUUGCAGUUACUGUUUUUGGUGAAUUUUCCUCUGGGAUGAAUGAAGUGAUCUAUCUUUCUAUCUAUCUAUGUAUCUAUCUAACAAUUAAAAACUGCUCAUUUAAAUUUAGAGCAUUUGGAUAUUUUAUUUUAAGUGAACCAUAAAUGAAUAGAAAAAUCAAGUUCUCUGUCCCCAUAAGUUAUAGGCAAUGUACAAUACAUACAUUAGGGAGAGGUUGUUAAGUAAACAUCAAAUAUCCAUUUUCAGAUAUCCAGAUCCAUAUCCCCAAAGCUGUGAGUCAGAUUAAUUUAUCAUUAAGUUACCUGCAGAGGAAAAAACUGAGGGGUGUGUGUGUGUGUGUGUGUGUGUGUGUGUUCAUUUAGAAAAUAGCUUGGAGCAAGUGAUGGUGGUUUCCGUGUGUUAGCCCAUGCUUUGAAUUUUUUCAUCAAUCUCAUUUGGGUAUCAGCUUAUAAAGAUUUUUUUUCUUGUCAGUGAAAUAGGGUAAUAAUUAUACAGAUAGCAAAGUUAUAACCUGUGCUUAAAAUAAAAUCUAACUUAAUUAAAA